AUGUUUGGCUUCCGUACCCCAGCUAAAGAAACAGGCUCCAAGCAGAAAGCCGGGACGCCGGAAAGGACCUCUCCCAAAAGGAAGAAACCUCCAAACCCGAAGCGGAGGCAAAAGCCCCACGGAGGACAGGCCCCUCGUAGCCAGUCAGUGGCCCAGGUGAGGCGCAACAUCGAAUCGCGACUCGACGCAGCGCCUGAAAACCGAGCCGCCCUGACCACCACCACCACCACCACCACCACCACCGUGCCAAAGAGGACCGCCGCGGCACCGACGACAUCCACGGUAUCUGCAGCACCAGCGGAGCGCGGAGGGGCACCGCCAUGA